AUGCGGCGAGAUACAACAUCGCCUACCGCGGGGCUUGCAAAUCUUUUGACCUGCUCGGGCACUGCGCGAGGAAACUUUACAUGCAGCAAAGAGGUCGAUGGUAAAACCGCCUGCGAGGAGAAUUUGGAAACGUGGCAUUGGAUUGGAGAUUCUGGUGUCAAUGUGACGACGGGCCAGAAUGCCAUCUCGUUACCCUCGCCAAUUGAUGAGCCCCCCAGCUCGACAACUCAAGUGGCUAGUGUCUCAUCUCAAACAUCUCUGGAGCCCUCGAGUCUCUCGGGGGCAAAAUCUACAUCCAUCGGUACAACAACAACCUCAAUUGGUUCCUCAUUCACCCCAGCUUCAUCCAAUGUCUCGAUACAAGCCUCUGCAACAGCUUCGGACAGCACCCCACCCCUCUCCAAGUCAAGUUUUACCCUCGAGAUUGGUCUUGGCGUGGGUCUGGGUGUGCCCUUGAUAAUACUUGCGUCGGUACUAGCGUUCUUUUGUAUCCGAGGCCGACGCCAGAUCAAUGCUCGUAGCAGUUCGCACGGUAGCACGAUCUUCUAUCCUUCGGGCCAUGUGGUGAGGGUCAGAGAAGCAGGCUAUGGUCCUCAAGAAUUGGGUGCACAAAAGUAUAUCCCGGAGCUAUACGGAUGA